GAAAAAAAAAAAAAAAAACAGAAAUAGAAAUGCGUUGUGAUUCAUCAUCACUUUCAACAACACUCUCUCCACCAACAUUAAAUUCUCUCAACUAAACUUCCUCUCUUCCUCACACUCACUCUUCCCCCCCUUCCCUUCUCUUCUCAAAAACAACAUCUCUCUCCCACUUUCUCUCUCAUCAACUCCACUUUCUCUCUCUAAAUCUCUACACAUCUAUAUAGAUUUUUUUUCAUAGAUCUUCUACCGCAUUUCAUGGAUCCACUAACCGACACUCCUCCAUUUCCGUUUUCACUUUCUCUCUCCUAGGGUUUCUUUUCUUCAGCUAUGAAUUUCAAUUGCUGCUGUCACGUUUCUGAGCUCCAAGCUGCUUUUGUCUGAUCAUGCUUUUCGCCGGAAUUUGUGUCGGCGACAGAGAAUGCCGCCGUCGGUCCUCUUCCUCUUUGCUCUUCUUAACUUCUUCUUCUCUUCCCAAGUGGAGUCAUUUUCUCUGAGUAUGUCAUUUGCUUCAUUGGAACAAACUAAAUCGUGGUUUGUUAAGCCUUCUUCUGCACCAACUUCUGCACCUGUGCCAUCUCCAUCCUAUCAAGGUCCUAGUGUGACUCCAAGACACAAACAUCAUCAUCAUCAUCGACGGCAUCAUAGCACGAGACCUCCUUAUGCAGGGGCUCCACCCCCUUCCACAGACCCAGCUUGCGAUCAAAUAUGUACGGAUCCUCUCACAUCAACUCCCUUUGGUUCACCCUGUGGUUGUGUAUUUCCUAUGAAAGUCAGACUUACACUGGAUGUAGCUCCUUUUGCUGUUUUUCCAGUAUUGAACGAGUUAGAGUAUGAAGUUGCGCUAGGCACAUAUUUAGAACAGAGUCAGGUGAAGAUAAUGGGUGCAACUGCUGACAGUCAAAAUCAGGGAAGAACUAGUGUCGAUAUUAAUUUGGUUCCAUUAGGAGAGAAGUUUGACAACACAACUGCAGCCCUGACAUACGAGAGGUUUUGGCACAAAAAAGUUCCUCUAAAUAGGAGCCUUUUUGGUGACUAUGCUGUCAUGUACAUUACAUAUCCAGGACUUCCAUCGUCACUGCCAUCUGGAACACCAAUUGGGAGCGGUCCCAGUCAAAAUGAUGAUGGUAUACUGCCAUUUAGCGCCAAUUUUGAUAGCAAGAGCCAGAAAACGAAUCUUAGAACCAUAGUCAUUAUUGCUUUGUCUUCUUUUGUGCUCUUGCUGGUUUUGAUUGGAGCAUUUUUUGUUACUUUGAAAUGGAGGAAGACUAGGAGACCAUCAAGUGCUGUUGGUCCAGCAUUUACAUCUUCUCUGAACAAGAGAUCUGGUUUGGGGUCUAUGCUGUCAAGCAGUAUUGCAAGCUCAACAUCAAUGUCCCUCAUGUCCACAAUGCCCACUUCCAUUCUAUCUGUUAAAACAUUUUCACUUUCUGAGAUUGAGAAAGCAACAGAUAAGUUUAAUACAAAGAGAGUAUUAGGGGAAGGAGGAUUUGGACGUGUUUAUAGUGGGACAUUGGAAGAUGGAGCUGUAGUUGCGGUGAAGCUCCUUACUAGGGAUAAUAAUCAGAAUGGAGACCGUGAAUUUAUUGCAGAAGUUGAGAUGUUAAGUCGUUUGCAUCAUCGCAAUCUAGUGAAACUUAUCGGUAUAUGCAUUGAAGGGCGCAGGCGUUGUCUGGUAUACGAGCUUGUUCCUAAUGGCAGUGUUGAGUCCCAUCUGCAUGGUGAUGACAAGAAUAGGGGACCUCUAGAUUGGGAAGCACGUAUGAAAAUUGCCCUUGGAGCUGCGAGAGGAUUGGCGUAUCUUCACGAGGAUUCCAAUCCCCGUGUAAUUCAUCGAGACUUCAAAGCUAGCAAUGUGUUAUUAGAAGACGACUUUACCCCUAAAGUUUCUGAUUUCGGUUUAGCAAGAGAAGCAACUGAAGGGAGUAAUCAUAUUUCUACACGGGUGAUGGGGACUUUUGGGUACGUUGCCCCAGAAUAUGCAAUGACGGGCCAUUUACUGGUUAAAAGUGAUGUUUAUAGUUACGGUGUUGUGCUUCUUGAACUUCUCACAGGCAGAAAACCAGUGGAUAUGUCUCAACCUCAGGGACAGGAGAAUCUUGUUACCUGGGCACGGGCACUGUUGACUAGUAGAGAAGGUUUAGAGCAGCUAGUGGAUCCAUCUUUGGCUGGAGGUUACAACUUUGAUGACAUGGCAAAGGUAGCAGCUAUUGCGUCAAUGUGUGUUCACUCCGAGGUGACACAGAGACCUUUUAUGGGAGAAGUUGUGCAGGCUCUUAAAUUAAUAUACAAUGACACAGACGAGACUGGUGGAGAUUAUUGUAGUCAGAAGGACUCCUCUGCUCAGGAGUCUGAUUUCAGAGGUGAGCUUGCCCCUUCUGAUAGCAGUUGGUGGAAUGGUGGAGGUUUAACUCCUCGAUUAACUUAUGGACAAGCAUCUUCCUUUAUCACAAUGGAGUACAGUUCUGGUCCACUUGAAGAUAUGGAAAACAGACCGUUUUCAACUUCAAGCUUUAAUGGAGAUGAGCUAUCUUUACCAAUUAGGCAUGGGAAUAGGUCAGGUCCCUUAAGAACGACCCGAAGCAAGUUAUCCUUAUAUAGAUUUUCAGGAAGUCGGAGUGAGCAUGGGGAAGUUUCGUCUAAGCGAAAUUGGAUUUGAUGUUACUGGGUGGUUUGGUGUAUUUUUAGUGUUUUUUUUAAUGUACAGUUCCUAAAGGGAUCCGGACAAUUGAUUUGAGUGACUGGUUUAGCUUAGGUGUCUGAAAUUUCUGCAGUUUUCAUGUUAAAAGGUUGGAGAGAUACAAAACAUUGACUAAUUUUGAAAUAUUGAUUCAUUAUUAUACAAGGAGGAAAUGUAACUCGAACAAUGCUGUAAAUGCCUUGAAUUGUAUCUCGUGGCUCCAUUCGAUUUCAGUGUCUAUUAAAGAGGACUUCCACAACGAAAACUCCUCUACUUUCUUUCUUUGA